AUGGAACGGCUUAUGAAAGCCAUGCGUCGACUGGUGUGCGAUUCCGACUCAUCCACCCGCGCAGGGGCGUUGAGAGCCCUGCGCUAUUCUAUCAGUAGCAGCGGAAGCAUUAAACACUUUGUGGACCUCAAUGUACCGGUGUUUGUGGUGCGAUCGUUGGAGCGUGAGCAGAAACAUUUGGCGGAGCGGGUGCAAGCUCUAAAAGUGGUGCGGAGGGUGAUGGAGAUUGAUGCUGCUCAGAUGCCGACGGGUCUCGUGACGUCGUUGACGGCCAUUGCAGGACACAAAGAUGACAAUAUGCGACGAGUGUGUUUGGAGACACUGCGAGAGCUGGCACUGCUGAAUGUGGAGAUUGUAGCGGAGGCCAAUGGCACCAAGAUAUUAGUGGAUGCGAUUUUGGAGCCGUCUUUCCAAGAUCUUGCUGACUCACUGCUUAUGACACUGCUGCUAAUUUUGAAUGAGCCGUCGACACGCAAGUUUAUUGAGCCUUUUGUGGAUUCACAAGUGCUUAUGGCACCAUUUACAGAUACCGAUCUACCAGCAGGCAAUGAACGAAGACAACGAUGGAUGGCGAGUCGAAAUGCCAUCGUUACUAUGAUGCGGUCGUGGACAGGAAUGGUGGUACUUACGAGCAAUCCACAAGGUCUGCAGUCACUGAUUCAACUGCUGGUACGACCGGUGGGCGAGGAUGUACAGAAAGCAGUAUUGUCUACUAUUUGCGAGAUCUUUUACAAGAAGACGAGCUUUGACAAGUCGCCAGCAGAUGCAGCAGCAGACGCACCAGUUCUCCCUACAACCUUAUCAAGUGCAGAGCAAAUGCCGCUUGCAGUCAACCACAAUCUAUUGGACAACUACACGGUCAUUGUCCUGCUAGCUAUGAUUCACUGUGGUAUCUUGGAGGCACUAGUGACUCUAGGUACGGGUCCAUCACGAACACUGGCUGAGCCAGCGAUGGACCUGUUGGCCGAUAUCUUGAGAAUGGCCUCGCGCUUGCUUCCAGACCAGCACUGUGCGUCUUUGCUUGCGCUUCCUCGACUAGUAUCGUCGACUUCACUCACGACUACGACUACAAUGUCUCUUGGAGACCAUGCUAAGAGCCUUUUGGAGCGUUUACAACGCGAAAAAUCGAUUCGAGCUAGUGAGAUGUUGGGCGAGCUGGCUAAUGCAGUUGGCGCAAAUUCUGGCAGUAUUGCCACACGUGGUGUGUCUUUAGUCUCUUAUGGUAGCAGCGGCAUUAAUGGUGUACAAUUGGCAUCUGAGCUCCUACGCGAUACGAAUCGGCCGUCAAGUUUACUUGCUCUGCAACAGAUUGCAGGUGUAGUGCGUCUUCCAUCAUCUAGUGGUGGUGGCGGUAUUGGCGGAACUGGCGGUGGCUCUGCAAAUUACGCUGUAGCGGCUCCUUCAGCACAACGUGGCACAAAAAGUGCGACGGCACAACUAAAGGAUAGCUUAACAUCGCGAGAAUUGAUGGUCCUCGAGCUAAAACAAUCGCUGGAUGCACAGAUGGAUGACAGCACCUUUAAAGACAUGCUACACAACCGUGCACGCGUUUUGACAGACAAAAAUUACAAGAAUUGGAACUGGGACAUUAUCUCCGAGAUGCUCGAGGGUCCACUUACCAACCCGCAGCGGCUUUCGGAAGCUAUGAAAACAAAGUUUUUCAAGCGUUUGUCAGGUUUCUUCCGUUGCGAUCAAGGCAACAAGGGUUAUUUCUCCAACCUGUAUUGGAUACCAGAUCACGUGCCGUAUCUGCGUCCGGCCUGUCAAAUGUAUACGCUACUAUUGAACCACCCUGAAGGUUUGCUCUUCUUGAAAACUGACCGCCGCGGUCAACUGCUUACAGAGAUUUCGUCAGCGCUAGAGCUGGAAGCGCGACCUGAAGCUGCUAUAGUGGAGUCGCACAUUGGUGUGCUUAAGGCGCGUAUGUUUUCACCCGAUUAUGUGUCGCGGCGAAUGCUGCGCGAGUACUUUACACUUCUGGGACUGAUGAGUUCGAGCAAAGAAGGCCUGAAGAUGAUGGAGCAGUCGAACCUGUUCCAGCGGCUUUAUGUCAUGGGGACUACUAAGGGCCAUGACUUCCUGUGUCGUCUUAUUCUAGCUAAUCUCGAUUACUCGGUUGACGGGAGCUCCCGCAAGCUGCUUCAGUCUUGGAUGAUGGAGGGUUCCAAGGCGUUGCGUCUGUAUGCGACCUGUUUAUUGCGCGCAUUGUUGCGCUCUGAGGUGGCGGAUUUUGACAAGUGGGGUGUCGAUGCAUUGGUGACACAGCUUACACAGGAAGAGGAGGUUGCCAAAGCGGCACUGAGUGUACUGGAAGAGGCUGCCGAGACGCCUGCAUGCCUUUUAGCAAUGAUUCUAAAGCGACCGAUGAAGCUCAUUCAACUCAAGGAUAAGAGAGCCGAGUCGCUGCUUCUCAGGUCACUCUCGCUUGCUGAGGGACUAAACUUUCUCCGUGAGACUGGCGACUGGAUUCCGCGCACACUUGCUGCCUGGCGUCGUGAAAAACACAUUUCGUACGUGCAUGCCGUAGAGCACGCGCUUUUCCGUGGCUUACAUCGUGAUGCGGCUGGACGUGAACGCGGAUCAAAUAGUAGCUCGACGAACUCUCGUCAAACAUGUUCCCCUACGCCUAUUCCUGUGAAUGUACCAAUGAAGAGAGGCGGUGGCGUUGGGCUUAAGCCUCCUAGUGGUGGAAGCAGCCAGCGUUCUCUAUGGGGUCUGGAUUGGCUUUAUCGUAUGCCGUGGAACAUGGAAGUAAAGAUCGUGGGCCCUCCAGGAAGUGGGCCCCCGUCAAGCCUCAUUUUGGAAACGUAUAUUGAUGGUGCAAUGCGCGAAGAGGAUGAAACGACUGGCAUCGGGGACGAACUUCGCAUGAACUCGAUCCGUGUGAAAGGGAUCGUUGUGGAUGCGCGCAAUAUGCCACAACCAGUUGUGGUAAAUUCACAACAGACAUUGCAAGCUUGUUUGUUUUUGGGCACACAACCAGUUGACCGGCGCGGAUUUACGAAGCCUCCUCCUCAGAGCAAUGGAGGUUUUGUGUCCACGAGCGGAUCUGCUAGCGGUGGUGGAUCUACUCUUUCUAGCGAUACGCAGCAGAAAAUGUUGGGUGCGCGGUCGGCGUCAAACUCAGCUGGAGGAAGUAUGGACCGCACGUCGGAGACGAUGUCUUCGUCACUGGACUUUGCCGAUACUGGAUCGUCUCCGGCGGACGCUGCAAAGGACGAGAACAAGGAUUGGAGCUCGUGUCAACCUGAACAGCGCUCACCUCAAUACUUGUCGGCACCACUGUGUUCAUUAUGCGCCCCUGGUGAACGUGCGGUAUGGAAUUUCCGUGUAGAAAUGGACUCUGCUGCGGGCAGCAACACUUCAAAUGGCAGUGUAAAACGUCUUCUGCUCAAGUCUGUCGAAUUUACGCUGCAGUUGCUGCCUCUUCGUCCGCGUACGGUGCCGCUGCCGGUACACUUGUACGGUGAGCUAGCAAAAACUAGUGCCGGCUGUCAGAUCCUGCACGCAUCUGGACAUUUACCGGAAUUUCUUGCAUGUCUUCGAGACGCUGCGAGCGUUCCGCUUGAAAAGCGUGCUGCGCUGUGGGCGCUGGGUCACGUGUCCGCCACACUGCGCGGUUAUAAUCUGCUGAGCCACUAUACACAAGACUUUGUGGAGAUGAUCGUGAAGCUGGCCACAGAUUCACCGCUCGUAUCCAUUCGCGGAACAUGCUUCUUCGUACUCGGCUUGCUAGCUCGGUCAUCUGCAGGUCGCCGGCAUCUGGCUCGUCUUGGAUGGGAUGCUCCGCGUGAUGCGUCUCGUACUUCCAUUGCUGUCCCCCAAAACUGCACUUCUCUCUUCAUGUGGCCACCAUGUAGAUCAUUGCAUCCCUGUCCAUUGACGCAGACGCCUGGCGCGUCGCCUCUGCAGCGACUGCUAAUACGCCGGCGUGACAAGAUGCCUAACGAGUGGCGUGAGGUACUGCGAUUUGUUGCUGACCUGAGUAAUCACAUCACACAGAAGGAGGCACAUGCUUCACUCAACAAGUUGCGUUCAUCAAAGUCUGAGUUGUUCGAGGAACCGGUGCUGUUGAUGUACGUACAUGCACUAUUGGAGAAGUACAGCUAUCGGUUGGCUCUGCGGCAGUUUGUGCUUAACGCGUUCGACCGAGCGACGCUUACUGAUGAAGUGCUCGAUACCCUACGGAUUGAGGAUGAGAAGGAGCAGGGCAACCAAACGCAUCAGCGUGUACCAACCGGACGAAAAAUGCGGCGGCGUCGAUCAUCACCUUCGAUCCCGUCAUUUACGGCCUCGGUUCAGUCACUGAACUCAGCCAUGCAGGCUACGUCUGGUGUCUCACGCAUGUCGUCCAUGCAGAAUGCUCUAAGUUCCAGUGGCGAUCAGCGUUCAACAAUGCGGCUAAACGCACACAACGGCCCCAUCGAUCGCACUGUACUGCUUAAACGCAGCCGCAAGCGCUCAGCUUUUUCGGAAAAGACCAUUGUUGUUGGUGCCCCUGAAGCUGCUGUGUAA